GUUGUGAUUGAUUCUGACAUGAACAGGAAAGGUUGUUGAAGAAAUCUAUCAUUUGGUUUUCUCUUUUAGCGCUGACCUAUAUUAGAUAUUGAUGGGAAUUGUUUCAUGAGAUGGAAAACUGAAAAUGUCGAAUAAAAACUUAAUAGGUUGUGUUUAAUGUGUUACUGUGAACCUUUAUUAUUAUCAUUAUUAUUAUUAUUACUACUAUAAUAAUCAGUGUGAAUUCAAUAAGAAAUUUUAGGAUUUUCAUUCAUUUAGUUCUGUGAUUGACAGAUGUAAGAGUGAUUUAUUCAAGUUAAUACUCUAUGAUUAAUAGCAGUAAUAAGUGACAAGAAAGACUAUAAGAAGCUUUCAAGUGAUAAAUCAUGGCGGACUUAGAUUUUGACACUAACCCUCGAUACAAAAUGAAUGGAUUACCGGAUGCUGUGAAGAUGAAUCAGCUACAGAACCUGCUCCACGAUGCCCUGAUUUCCACGGAGCAUGUUCAGCAGUGUGCCAUCGUUCGCAGGAAGGAUUGCUCUGUGAGGGCUAGCUCUGUGGGGUUUAAUCUGUACCAUGAUCAGGUCCAAAUUCUAUUGGACUCCUUCAAGAAUCCGCCACAGACCCGGGAGGAGGGUAUCUACUUUGACGACCGCCAGUUUAAAUGUGUUCGUGCUGACAAAACUUCCAUAUAUGGCAAAUGUGAGAACCGAGGCCUCAUUCUGGUGAAGACGCUAACACUGCUUGUCAUUGCCACCUACAGCGACUCCAUGUAUCCCAGUGUGUGUGUGGAGGCUGUCGAAAAACUUGCUGACUACUUCAAAGAGAAAGGAAAAUGAGAAUUCAGGACUUCAACAAUGGAAACUGCAGGUGUCAAUUGUGCCAAGGAUAUUCAUUCAAUUUUUUGAUCUAGUAAUAAGCAAAUAAGUUACACACAUUUUUAAAUGAACUGUGAAGUUUUAAGCUUCAGCUUUAAAAUGGAAAUUACUUAUUUAUUUAGAAUUUGUUUACCUUUUCAAGCUAAGCAUGUGAAAGCUAAAAGGCAAAUGAAGAAAUAUGUUUGCAGUGUUCCUAAUUUGAUAAAACUUAAGUCUUAAAAUGUUUUAACAUAAAAAUAAAUGACUUCAUCAGUGAAUUAUAUGUAUAUGUAAUAAUAUAUAUGAAAAUAUGGAUAUUGCUGAAAUGACUAGACCGUGUAUAGAACAAAGUUUUCUCAACAUGAUGAUAGCGUUACAUUCUGUUAUACAUACACACAAUUGCAAGUCCCAUAGUUUCUCAAGCAUUUAGUAUUCCAUUAUCUAUUUGUUUUCCUAUGAAUUCAUGUUUUGUCUUUAUACAGUUUUAACCUUUAUACCAGGUUGAACAUUAGUUAUGCUUUUGUUACUUUGUGUUGUGAAUGUUUAAAUCCGUCCAUGAAUAAAGAUAUCUACAUUAUUAUUACA